GAUACUUAGAGGGACUUGGCUCUCCUCUUAGUGGGCUCUACUUCUCUGCCAAACCUCUCUCUUUCUGCUCACCCUUUUCUCUUCCCUUUCAGAGGAAACAUGAAUGUACAGAGGGGUUCUUCGAGUAGUAUGAGAAUGACCGUCAGGUCCAGUGGAAGCAUGUAUGGUGGUAGUAGUGGUGGUGGUGGAGGUGGUGGAGGUGGUGGUAUAAACAGAAUGUUUACCUCUCAAUCUUUAAUGGGGCCAGCCAGAAGUAGGGUAAGCAUUGCCAGUGGUGGCACGGGAGGUAUGCGAUUUGGUGGUGGCGGCGGUGGCGGCGGCGGCGGCGGCGGCGGCGGCUAUAGCUAUAGUUCAUACCGUGCAAGUGGAGGUGGAAGUGGAGGUGGAGGUGGUCUCGGUAUUGGUUACGGUUUUGGUGGAAGUGGAGGUGGAGGUUUUGGUGGAGGUUUCGGUGGAGGUGGUCUCGGUAUGGGUCUCUAUGGUGGUGGAGGUGGUGGCGGACUUAUCAUACCCACUAUCCAGCAAGUAACUUGCAACCCGAACCUACUGAACCCCGUGGAUGUUACAAUUGACCCCACCAUCCAGACUGUCCGUACCCAAGAGAAAGAACAGAUCAAGACUCUAAACAACCGCUUCGCCUCCUUCAUUGACAAGGUGCGCUUCCUAGAGCAGCAGAACAAAAUGCUGGAGACCAAGUGGAGCCUGCUGCAGGAUCAGACCACCAGCCGCUCCAACAUCGACGCCAUGUUUGAGGCCUACAUCGCCAACCUGCGCAGACAGCUGGAUGGGCUCGGCAAUGAGAAGAUCAAGCUGGAGGGAGAGCUGAGGAACAUGCAGACACUUGUGGAGGACUUCAAGAACAAGUAUGAAGAUGAAAUCAACAAGCGUGCUGGUGUGGAGAAUGAGUUUGUGCUCCUGAAGAAGGAUGUAGACGGCGCCUACAUGAACAAGAUUGAGCUGGAGGCCAAGGUUGAUUCCCUCCAGGAUGAGAUUAACUUCCUCAGAGCUGUCUACGAGGCGGAACUGAAUGAGCUCCAGGGACAGAUCAAGGACACCUCAGUCAUUGUGUCGAUGAACAACAGCCGCGACCUGGACAUGGACUCCAUUGUGGCCGAAGUCAAGGCUCAGUAUGAGCAAAUCGCAGAGCGCAACCGUGCUGAAGCUGAAGGAUGGUACCAGGAGAGGUUCCAGCAGAUGCAGACUAGUGCAGGCCAGGCUGGAGAUGAAGUUCGCAACACCAAGGCUGAGAUCGCUGAGCUCAACCGCAUGAUUACCCGCCUCCAGAAUGAGAUUGAGGCAGUCAAGGCACAGCGCGCCAACCUGGAGGCCCAGAUCGCUGAGGCUGAGGAGCGUGGCGAGCUAGCUGUGAAGGACGCCAAGGCCCGCAUUAAGGACCUGGAGGAUGCCUUGCAGAGAGCCAAACAGGACAUGGCCCGCCAGGUCCGCGAGUACCAGGAGCUCAUGAACGUCAAGCUGGCUCUGGACAUUGAGAUUGCCACCUACAGGAAGCUUCUGGAAGGAGAGGAGGACAGAAUUGCCACUGGCGGUGGAGCUACAACCGUCCACAUACAGACCUCCGGUGGAGGCGGCGGUGGAGGCGGUGGCGGUGGUGGUGGCUACGGCGGUGGCUAUGGCGGUGGCUAUGGCAGUGGCUAUGGCCUUGGCGGCGGCGGCGGCGGUGGCGGCGGCAUCGGCAUCGGCAGCGGCAUCGGCGCUGGCGGCAUGAGCUACAGCAGCAGCACCAGUGGCGGCAUGAGCUAUGGCAGCGGCGGCAUGGGCAUGAGCAUGGGCGGCAUUGGCGGCGGUGGCAGCACAGUCAGACAGAGCAGCAGCUACACCGCCUCCAUCCGCCGUUCAUAAACAGCAGUUGUCCUCUCCAUCCUUCUUCUCUCAUUUUGUUCUCCACCUCUUGUCCCUCAACUCUUCCCGACAACAACUAAAAGCUUCCAUAAAACCUUUCACUUCUCUCCCUGGAGACAGAGCAGCCUCAGAAUAUUUGCAUUUGACAAUUUACAGCUGAUUUACGGCUGAUCCAUGCAAUGGAACAGCUCUAUUUGGCAUUUAGUUACUGUGUUGCUGCUUCCACUUUGGCGACACAUACCUGCAAAGAGUAAGAGAUUACAUCAUCAUCAUACAAGCAGAGGCAGAGAAAUUAUUAGACCAGAAACAAAGAGCAGCAGAGAUAUGAGUCAGUCCUCUCUUUAUUUGAUCAGUCAGCCCGGCUGUCUUUUGGUUGCUGGAUCUGCUGUCAUGCAGACGAGAGCAUACUUGUAGUGUCAUGGCAGAGAAUCCUCGCAAGGCAACAAUCAUUGCACACAAAAUGCAAACAGCAGUUCUUAGAUUUGCACAGAAGGAGGUCUGAAAGCUGUGGUUGUUCUUGACUUCAUAAAGCAAACAUGGCAAAACUCCUCUUUUCUGCAAUGUCUCCGCUGUUGUCUCACAGCUGUCAUUUUGCUGUGCUUUUUGACAUCAUCAAAAGCAGCCACAUAUAACACUUUCAUAUUGAUCUUUGGAAUCCUCUUUUUUCUUCUGCUCUGAGAGAAAGUGCUCUCUCCACUACAGCAUAAACAGUAAAUGGUGUUUUGAUCCUGCUUUACUUCCAUUUCCACUCUGAAUAAAAAAGAAACAUGGAUAGGGCUGACUGGAGUAACCAGAUUUAUUGUGAAUUUGUACCACCAAAACAUCUGGAAUAAAUCUGAUUUCAUAUUCAA